AUGGCGGCUGAGAAUACAAAAGUUUUGAAAGACUUGGUGGAAGAAGAAGAAGAAGAAGAAGACGUGGGGCUUGCUUGCCCUCCUUUCGAUGUGGAAGAUUUCACAAUGGCUGCCGAAGCUUGUUAUUUUGACUUGUCUGAAGAAGUGUUUUUCCUUGGAAUCGAGGAAGAUCAUAAAAGUGCAGAAAGAGUUCAAGGAUCUUCGGGAAGCCUCAAUGCAGUACAGAUCAAGCAGAAAAAACAUGGUAAAGGCAAGGAUAUGAAGGUUUUAGAGCAGUUCUAUGGGCACAAGGACAAUGCUUGGAAAGAUACAAAUACUAAAAUAAAAGCUGAAAAUAUUGAGUCCAAGAAGACAUUAACAAAAUCUGCAAUCGAUGAUGAAGUCUCAUUUCAGCAGAAGAUCAAUUUAGCAAAAAGGAAACUUCACGAAAGAUAUGAGCACAUUGCAAAAGAGAAAAAGAGGAAACAGAUUAAAGUCCUUAGCACAUCAGAAUUGCCUGAAGUUCGUCGAGAGAAAUGCAGACCCGAGACAUAUCGCCGCGUCUACUACAAGUUGCAAGAAGAAGCAAACAACAGUAAAGCCAGAUUGAAUCAGGAAAUGGAAGGUUUUUUAUCUUAUUACCAGAAAGAAGAGAGACAACUGUUGAAACUUCGAUGCUCCUCAAUUCUGGGAAGUCAUAUCUCUGUUUGGUUGGUUGGUCCAUAA